AUGUCAAAGCAUGGACACGAGACGCUGGCAGAGGAUCCUUUGGAUCGAUCGUGGGGGAAAGGAGACAAAAAGAAGAAAAAGAAGAAAGUGUCCAACACAGACACACUGCAGGAGCAGCGAAAAAACAAGAAGGAGAUGGAGUUUGAGCUGAAACUCGCCAAAGAGAAGGAAGAGAUGCACGAGCGAGAGAAGCAACUCAAGAUCAGUCGGCUGGUUCAGGAGGUUUCAGAGACGGAGAGGGAAGACUUAGAGGAGUCAGAAAAGGUGCAGCACUGGGUGGAGCGUCUAUGUCAGACACGACUGGAGCAGAUCUCGUGUGUGGAGAAUGAAUCCCCCGAGCAACUAGCUCCCAGUCCCCCCAACCAGAGGCGUCAGAUGGCCCCGGUCAUGUCUAAGCCUGUCAUGCUGCCUCAGUCACAGACCCACCGCCCAGAUCCACACAGACCUGCUCUACGAUCUGAUGGCCUGCCUCCUGAAAUGUUGAAACGGAUGGUGCCUUUCAACUCGUCUUUUAAAACAAACAACAAGCGACAAGGAUUUCAGAAAUAUGUGGAUGACUUUGACCCCUACUCCAUGUUCUCUGAUAGCCAGAUAGCCGGCCGAGAUGCGAGGCAGCUGCGAAUCAAAAAGGAUGGAAACCUUGACCUGGCGCUGGAGGGGGGAGCAGACUCUCCUUUGGGGAAGUUGGUGGUAUCUGCAGUGUAUGAGGGUGGUGCUGCUGAUAAGCACGGUUAGUUCAUUUUUAAUCUCCACACUUGCUUGUCAUGA